AUGAUGAUGGCAGCAGCAGGCAAGAAGCGCAAAAGACGGAAAGUAAGGAAGGGCACCAACCCACCCGCACCGCCCGCAUCCCCCGCAGCUGCGAUACCGCCGAACAAGCCCGCCGCAAACAGCGGUGCUGGUGCUGGUGCUGGUGCUGGUGCUGGUGCUGGGGGUGGCGUGGGCGAGCUCGGGGACGUCUUGGAGGGAGACAGGAGCGUCGAGGCACUGUUUUCAGACGAUUGGUCGGGUAUGCCCGCCAACACCGGGAUGACCAAGUCCAACGUCCCACUCCCCGACAUCUCCGAGUUCAAGCCCUCUAGAAGGGCCGAAUCCACCCUCGAACAGCGCGAGAAGAAAAGCGCGGUGGGGCUCGUGGUCGGUCCCGGCGACGGUAGCGACGACGACGGCGACGCCGUUCCCGCCAGCCGCCUUGCCGGAUUCGAGUCCAAGCUGACCCCCAUCGUGGACCGGGAGGAGGAGUGGCGGAAAAAGAACGCCGCGGAGCGCUUCGAGGAAGGCCCGAUCGUGCGUGGGCUCAAGACCGCCACCUGGUUCAGCAUCUGCACCCUGGUGCUCUGGGAGGUUUACAUCAACUCGCCCUGGUUCCACGCGCCCGAGUCGCCGCCGCCGAUGUUGUAGUCAUGGUUGUUUCCCUCCCGUGAAUCAUACCCUGAAACCGCAACUUUCGUGUCCGUGCUGUGUCGUUGCUUGCAUUCACUCUCAAGUAGCCCGAGAAAAGAGUCGAAGGCAAGUAUUUUCGGGUUAUUUUCUGUUUCCCUGUCAUACAUGCAUGCGAGAUUAGAACCGCUUUUUCGGGGACAGCAGAUGUGUUGCCCCCAAUCGUUUCAGCCAGCGGGUGUGCCUUAGGCUUCGUCUUGUCGUAUGAUAUGCUGGCACGCCCGUCCUAGCAUAGAAAAGAGACCAUGUCGUCCCGAUCGAAGUAUUCGUAUUUCGCGCAGCCUCCGCUUGAGUAAAGAGAGCUGUUGGUGGUUUCUGUUCAUCCCUCGCCGUCUUGGUUGGGGGAAGAAGAGGUUCAACUGGAGAGACUAACGAAAGAUGUCGAGUAGGUUGCGAGAAGUGUACCUGUGUGUCGUUCAGGAUCCCUCUUCGUUGCUUUGGUGUGCACGCACCGUGGCGCGGUUGCAUUUGUUGGCUGUGAUUUCGGGUGCGUACAUGCCAUGAUGACAGUGUAGCCGGUGGCGGGGAGGAGUCUGCUCUGUCGAGUGGAGAUGGGAAGUAUUUAGCGAAAAGUCUCUCCGCUUGUUGGCCUGUAGUGCGAGCCGAUAUAGAGGUAGAGUUUCCGUGAGGUUGGUAUGGGUUUGCUUAAUUGUACUUGUGGUUGUGUUUACACGCAUAUUUGAACUGUGGACGAGUCCACAGCUAGCAGCUCACCAUUGUCCCGCCUUCUUGUAGCGGACCCGAUGCCGCUCGUAUUUUGGUAUGGUUGGUAUACAGGCGACCUGGUCGGUAGGGGAGUGCGUUCGUUUGACUGGGCGCCGGCCGAAAUAGAUACAUUUGAGGUUUGCAUGGGUGCGUGCUGUGAAUGAUUCGCUGUUGCCAAGGCUUGCUUGCUUGCUUGCUGUUUGUGAGGCGUAGC